AUGUCCAAGCACACACGCGCAGCAUCAACCCGAAAGAAAGACCCAAAAAAUGUCGCGGAGCCUGCUAUACCCCCUCCCAUAUCAGAAGUGUCCAAGUCAAACAGGAGCACUGCAGCAAGCAAGGCCUGGGAGGUUCGACGUGCAAAGGCGGCUGCCACACAGCUCGCUUCUACCCAAUCAGGUUUACAAGAAACGCAGAAAGUGGGUUCUAUGAAUAGCCUUGUGGCGGAAGCAAGUAAUUCAGUAGUCCAGUCUGCCCGUCUACGAGCAGCAGCGGCCCCACAGACAAUCCAAGACCGGUAUAAACAUUUGAAACCACCUUCCAUCGUUGCGGAAGCGAUGAAUGAGAAAGAAACCGAGUAUCACCACAAUCCUGAUGAAACCUCCAUUCCACGCUCCCAGCCGCAAUUGCCCUUUGUUCCUCAAACUCCGGACUCCCUGAAUAGACCUGAAAUGAAUGACUUCGUGCAUCUGGUUCUCAGUGAUUUGAACCAGGGUGGUGGGACGCCCAUGGACUCUCAACCGCAUUCACGCUUUCCCUCGGAAUCGCCAAGCCUGAGCAUUCAGUCUCAGUCGAAUGAACACGGAUUGCAUGGCUUGACUGCUUCAGGGGAGGAAACUCAGGUGGAAUCUCAGGGUGGGAUCCACAUGUCUGGCUACCGGCCACAACUGCAGCAGCUGGUAAUGGACCUUUCAUCCAAUGUACAGAGCUUGAACAGAGAAUUGAGCCGAGCUCAGCCUAACCCACCCACUCCCAAUUCUGUCAACGCCAGCAUGCCCUCUCCUGAUAUUUUUAGCCAAGGUGUUGGCACCCCCACCCACAAGCCUACUAUUGGCCUCAAAUUGCUUUUGUUCUUGAGUGCUUCUCCCGCUUUGGGAAGUAGUGUCGCCACGCCUACAAGGACACCAGGCAGCCUCGACAUGGAAGUGAAAUCUGAGAAGGAUGCAAGUCAAACUAAGCGCCGAGCAAUGGUUCUUAAGAGCAGUUUUAAGGGGAAUCCCCAUAACAACUUAAUUGUCGAAGAGAUCUCUGCAGACCUUUACUUGUUGGUAGUUACAGAACAGUUGUUCAUAGAAAGAGGUGCCGAUUUCAAGGAGAUUAUCCGAGGAUUGGCAACAAAUGCAAUCCAGCACUCGCAAAAUCCCUCUUCUAUCACCAUCGACCUGUCUGACGGUCUUUUUGAUAUGUUUGCACGAGACAUCAGGACAUGGAGGAACAAGCUCAAGUCACAUCUCCUUGGUGAAAUCCCGGCAUUGUAUGGUGCUGGAGGGGGUGUGGAAGUGGGCGCUGCUGCACACGCUGUCGAGUUGGCAAUUGACGGUGGUAACUAUGCAUUCCAAACCUAUGAAGCCGCGACAGGCACCACAGAUGAGUCACCACGUUUCAGGCCGCUGGAACACCCUGCCAUUGCUGCUGUGUUGGAAUACACAUUUGGGCUCAAAGAACUGCAACCGGCAACUGACACCAAGCGCCAGGAUCUCAAGAUAAGGCUAUCCAAGCCUAGCAUUGAGAUGGUUGUAUUUGCAUUGACUAUUACAUGCGGCUCAAACAAUUAUCUCGAGAUCAAAUAUGUGUUGAAUCAACACCAAAGGGGCCGUGUGGCACCAGCUCUUCAAGAAUUCUCUCAUUCCAACUACUAUGAAGACUGGAAACGUUUAUGCUCCAUGUGGGGUCAUUGGAGUGCUAAGGAAGAUCGGGCUGAACAAUGGAACAGGAUCUCGAUGAAGCUUGGCAAUGUCAUACUCUCGAAACUUGGCCUGGGUGCUUCACACAAAAUGGAAUACCUGUUGGACACUGAGUGA